AAAGGGUUCUGACCAAGUAGAAGCUGGUGCGUCUGUUCCAUUGGGACUUCAGGAGGAUUCCCAUCUGCGCCCUUCAUAAAUCUGGAUUCUGCUGCCUUAAAUACGACCGAGGCAUUAGGAAGCAUCCCCAGUAGCUCUGCACCAUGAGAUUGGUGCUGAUGUCUGGAUUCUAGAAUGCAGAAUUAACUUCUGCCUCCGCCUGUGUCUAUCUCUGUCUUUCUUGCUGACUUCUCCUGCCUCCCUCAGUGCCCACCAUGAGAGGCAGACCCUGGAAUUCUGAUAAAUUAUUAGUCAUAACUGUAGCAACAAAAGAAAAUGAUGGAUUCCACCGAUUUAUGAAUUCAGCCAAGUAUUUCAAUUAUACUGUAAAGGUUCUUGGUCAAGGGCAAGAGUGGAGAGGUGGAGAUGGGAUGAAUAGUAUUGGAGGGGGCCAGAAGGUGAGGUUAAUGAAAGAAGCCGUGGCCCAGUAUGCCAGUCAGGAGGAUCUGGUGAUCUUGUUUACUGAAUGUUUUGAUGUUGUAUUUGCUGGUGGGCCUGAAGAACUCCUAAGAAAGUUCCAAAAACUGAAUCACAAAAUCGUCUUUGCAGCUGACGGAAUUCUAUGGCCAGAUAAGCGGCUGGCAGACAAGUACCCUGUAGUGCACAUUGGAAAACGCUACCUGAAUUCAGGAGGCUUCAUAGGCUAUGCUCCAUACAUCAACCAUGUGGUCCAGCAGUGGAAUCUGCAGGAUAAUGAUGAUGAUCAGCUCUUUUACACUAAAAUUUACAUCGAUCCAGUGAAGAGGGAAGCUUUUAACAUCACAUUGGAUCACAAGUGCAAAAUUUUCCAGGCCUUGAAUGGAGCUACAGAUGAAGUGGUUUUAAAAUUUGAAAAUGCUAAAAGCAGAGUUAAGAAUACAUUUUAUGAAACACUGCCAGUGGUAAUUAAUGGAAACGGACCCACCAAAAUUCUCCUGAAUUACUUUGGAAACUAUGUCCCCAAUUCAUGGACACAGGAAAAAGGCUGCACUCUUUGUGACUUUGACACAAUUGACUUGUCUACAGUAGAUGUCCAUCCAAAAGUAACAAUAGGUAUUUUUAUUGAACAACCAACCCCUUUUCUACCUCGAUUCCUGGACUUAUUGUUAACACUGGAUUAUCCCAAAGAAGCACUGAAACUCUUUAUUCAUAAUAAAGAGGUUUAUCAUGAAAAGGACAUCAAAGUAUUUUUUGAUAAAGCUAAGCAUGAAAUCAGUACUAUAAAAAUAGUAGGACCAGAAGAAAAUCUAAGUCAAGCGGAAGCCAGGAACAUGGGAAUGGAUUUCUGCCGUCAGGAUGAAAAGUGUGAUUACUACUUCAGUGUGGAUGCCGAUGUUGUGUUGACAAACCCAAGAACUUUAAAACUUUUGAUUGAACAAAACAGGAAGAUCAUUGCUCCUCUUGUGACACGUCAUGGAAAGUUGUGGUCCAACUUCUGGGGAGCACUGAGUCCUGAUGGGUAUUACGCUCGCUCUGAAGAUUACGUGGAUAUCGUUCAGGGGAACAGAGUAGGAAUUUGGAAUGUCCCAUACAUGGCUAAUGUAUACUUAAUUCAAGGAAAGACACUUCGAUCAGAGAUGAGUGAAAGGAACUAUUUUGUCCGUGAUAAAUUGGAUCCUGAUAUGGCUCUUUGCCGAAAUGCUAGAGAAAUGACCUUACAAAGGGAAAAAGACUCCCCUACUCCGGAAACAUUCCAAAUGCUCAGCCCCCCAAAGGGUAUGUUUAUGUACAUUUCUAACAGACAUGAAUUUGGACGGCUAUUGUCAACUGCAAAUUACAAUACCUCCCAUUUCAACAAUGACCUCUGGCAGAUUUUUGAAAACCCUGUGGACUGGAAGGAAAAAUAUAUAAACCGUGAUUAUCCAAAGAUUUUCACUGAAAAUAUAGUUGAGCAGCCUUGUCCAGAUGUCUUUUGGUUUCCCAUAUUUUCUGAAAGAGCCUGUGAUGAGUUGGUCGAAGAAAUGGAGCAUUAUGGCCAGUGGUCUGGGGGAAAGCAUCAUGAUAGCCGUAUAUCUGGUGGUUAUGAAAAUGUCCCAACUGAUGAUAUUCAUAUGAAGCAAAUUGAUCUAGAGAAUGUUUGGCUUCACUUUAUCCGCGAGUUCAUUGCUCCAGUUACGCUGAAGGUCUUUGCAGGCUAUUACACAAAGGGAUUUGCACUGCUGAAUUUUGUAGUAAAGUACUCACCUGAAAGACAGCGUUCACUUCGUCCCCAUCAUGAUGCCUCAACAUUUACCAUCAACAUUGCUCUCAAUAACGUAGGAGAGGAUUUUCAGGGAGGUGGAUGCAAAUUUCUAAGGUAUAAUUGCUCCAUUGAAUCCCCACGGAAAGGCUGGAGCUUCAUGCAUCCUGGGAGACUUACACAUUUGCAUGAAGGACUUCCUGUUAAAAAUGGAACAAGAUACAUUGCAGUGUCAUUUAUAGAUCCCUGAGUUAUUUAUACUACUCAGACUGAAUUGUUCUUUGAGAUGACUGGCACGAACAUGUCUUUGAAGUUGUGCUUGAGAAGAUGAGAGGAAUAUUUAAAUAAUGUCAACAGAACAGCUUCACUUUGGGCCAAACAUUUGAAAACUUUUUAUAUGAAAUUGUUUGAUGUUUCUUAAUGUCUGCUCUGAGCCUUAAAACACAGGUUGAAGAAGAAAGGAAAAAAAGUGAAAGUUGGUAUUUAUUUCUAUGCUUUAACUGUCUCUGAAGGUAAUGACAAAUUAUAAAAUGUUGAGGUACAAAGGCAUGAAUGAUAAUAAGCCUAGUAAUAUUUUCUUAUUUAAGAAAAACCUGAGAUUUUAUUUAUCAUUGUGAAGAAGUAUAGAAUGUCGUUAUAAAUGAAAAUCAGCAAGUCUGGAAACCUGGAAUGAUGGCGAUUACUGAAUUUACAUGUAACUAUUAAGCCAUGUCGACCUCUGUGUAGGUCUGUUUCUCGGUAAUUAGGAAGAAAAUCCAAAGAAAAUAUUGCACUAGGUUUCCUCACGAAACCUAGUGCAGCCCGCCAAUGGGAGCAUAUCCAUUGGAAGUACGCCUAGCACGUGAGGCGGCUCUUGCUUUCGAUUGGACAGUGGACCCCUGCGUUCCUCCAGGGCAAGCUCUCAGGGGAAGCUCACAUCUUUCCGCUUUGCAAAGUGCUUAACUCCAAGUGUCCUUAUGUCAAGCAGGAAGUUUGUUUCCUUCUGUUCUUUCUCCCCAGCUAAUUCUAGAAACUAGUGAGGACACAGAACAGUUUCAUUGAGAUUAGUAGUACAUUUUACAGUGUUUUUAAAAACUUCUUAACUACUUGAAUUUUAUAUCAGGAAAAUGGGUUUUGAGCCUUGUUUCUUCCCUUUUACUCCGAGUUGUUCUCUCUCCCCCCCCCCCCCCCCGGGGGGGGGGGUUCCUUGCUUUACUUCAUAAUUUUAUCAUUCCUUAGUUGUUUUAUUGCUUUUCCUCUACCCCACAUUUUAAAAAUCUCCACAGCCAAAAUUUUUAUUUCAGUUUUCAAUAUUUCUCUGAAAGCGGUUUAAAUAUCUUUAUUAUAGCUACUGUUUUUAAUUUAAAGGUUAAACUUGAAGAAAGUUCUUAUUCCCGGUGCCAAAAUUCAUUUUUCUAACUCUCUGUGUUAGAAAAUGAUGAAAAAUAAAAUAAUUUAAAAUAAACAUAGUGCUUUUCUGUAUUAUUUAUUGAUGGUUCUUUAGAAGAGAAUAUAUUGUAAACUAGUCUGGGAGCAUAUCUGGAUAUAAUAGCUGUAAUUAUUUCAUUUAGCUUGACAGUUUAGUAUUAUAGCAAAAUUACUAUCUAAAUUUUAAAUUCAGUUACACAUCUGAACUCUUACAGUGACCAGGGAGUUGAUAUUACUCAUUUUUACAGGAGUGGAAAUGACAGCCACACGUUUGAUCAACAUACAUAUUUGUCUCGUGGUAGUUUCGGGUCUAUGAUGAUCCAGGCUCUGUCCCAGGCAAUGAGUCCAUAGUGAUUCAGCUGUAGUCAUCACUAGGAGAUUGAUUUGGGAAGGAUCUCAUGGUGCCAUUUCCUCAACUGAGGCUCCUUCCUCUCUGAUGACUCCAGGUUGUGUCAAGUUGACACAUAAAACUAGCCAGUACACCAGCUAUAUUAAAAAACAGUUCCAUCUCUCUGUGCCUCUGUCUGUCUGUCUGUCUCUCUCUCUCUGUCUCUCUGUGUGUGGGGGGGGGGGGGUUGUAAAAUAUUCAAGAGAGGAGCAUAAUGGCGUGAGAUCUUGGAAGAGUAAAUGGAUUUUGUGCUUUUUUGUUGUUACCUCGUUACUGAAGACUUACUAUGUAAAUACAUUUAGGAGCAGGAAUAUCAUUUAUGUGUGUGUGACAAGACGGCUUUCAAAGCCUCCUUUUGUUACCUUUUCCCAUCUUUUGUUUUCUUCUUUGUUCCUGCUUUCUUCCUUUCCUCCUUUUUGAAGCCAGAACCUCUCACUUGCAUUCAUCUUACACUUCUAACCUUUUGUUUGCUAACUGUUGAUGCAUAUAAGAAUCAGUAUGAAUAUUGUCCACCAGAACACAGUCUUUGAAUUCCGUUCUGCUUUACCUUUGAAAAUCGCUAAUUUCUAUUGGUGAUUUUAUAGAGUAAAAAUAUGCAAAAACCAUACAUAUAUGUAUUAAGUGGGGGGCCUCCUAGUGACAAAAGGGGUCCACCUUCCGGCUUUCCUAUCUGGGUAUACCUGGUUAAUUCGCCUGUUUGCUAAGCACUAGAGUGCAUCUUAUGUGUUAGUGUUUGGACAUGGUAUUCAUUGGGAAUGUGGAACCUGUUUGCACAACGGAUCUCUUUAAAUUGCAGACAAAUUUAAUAGAAUUUAAAAUUGCUGUUCACAGAGGAGAGUCGGUCUGUGUAAAUAACUUCCUUUCACUAGGUGCAGUUUUAGAAAAUUAAAUUAUUUAAGACACCAUAAAAGAAGGCUUGUCAGCACUGUUUUCCUGUGGCCUUUUAGAAAACAAAUAAAGACUUUCGGAUUGCUAGUAAGAAAAAGACAUUGAAGAAAAAAAAUGGGAAAUCCAGAAAGGCAUUUUGUGUAUGUGUGCGUUUAUAGAAGAAACAGGCUUUGAAUUCAAUUUUAAAAAGUAGUAAAGAAAGUAGAAAAGUACAUGGAAGCAUACUAUUAAAAUGCAAAUUGAGGCCGGACAUGGUGGCACACACCUUUAAUCCCAGCACUCAGGAGGCAGAGGCAGAGGCAGGUAGAUCUCUGAGUUCAAGGCCAGCCUAGUCUACAGAGCUAGUUCCAGGAUAACCAAGGCUACACAGAGAAAUACCUCAAAACAAACAAACAAACAAACCCCCAAAAAUCCAAGCUGAGCUGUGGACUGGAUUUGGAGCCCUGUGGAAGGGCUCUUGCCUCAUGAGAGCUUCCAUUCAGUUGUGAGAGUGGUUUUCUUGCUAACAAGUUUAUGAUGUUCACAUUUGUUCACUUAUUAUAUUAAGAAACCAAUUAGCAUGUUCUGUUUUCACUGAAAAAUACAUGAUGAUUUUUGAAUAUUGAUAUUGUAACUUAGGAGUUUCUGCCUCUAUUAUGGUUAAAAAACAAACAAACAAAAACAAGUCAUUAAUUUAAAAUUAAAAUAGCAUGCCAUAAAGAGAGGUUACUACCCUGAAACCUCCUCAUUCGAAAGUAGGUGUUACUUUGUCACUUAGAAUUAAGGUGUGGAGAAGAUUUCCUAUAGAUAAUGUGGUUGAUAAUAAACUGCUCUGUGCAUAAUAACUUUAAAGUAAUUUUUAAAGAUGUUGUUCAGUGAACAUCCAGACUGACUCGGAUCUCUUAGAAGAGCAAAGGGAAUCAAAUCACAUGGUGGUUGUAUCUGGCAGAACUCAGUAACAGCCCAAGCAGCACUGGGCAAAUGGAAGCAUAUUUCCUACCGAGCACCAGCGGUGCAUAAUUGAUUAACUGGAAAUAUUGUGUAGUUGCCAAAUUAAGUUAGCCUCGUACAUUGUGUUUUAUUAAAAUAUGUCCAUGUGUUAUAAAUAUUUCCAAACUGUGACGUCACAGCUCCACCUUGUGGUUAAAAUCCACACAUGAUAGUCUAAUCUGAGCAGGAUGCAAAAACUUUCAUUUUCUUUUAGUUGUUGCUGAGUAUUUUUUUUCCUUUCAAAGCUAGUACAAAUGAAAAUGACAGAGAUGAUUGUUUUUCACAGUUCUUUUGAGAAUGUUUUGUUGUGAUAUAUGUCAGUGUUUUCAAAGGAGGAAUCGCAACAUCUUAUUCUCAAAGAAUAGGCAUGCUUCCAGUGAUGAAAUGCUCUGUUCUCAAUUCUUGACUACUUUGUAGGCUUCUCAUCUGUGUUCAGUUGGGAUUGCUAGCCUGUGUGAUUAAUAAAAUGUGUGUAGAAAAGGUCAGAUACAGGAACAAUUGGUAAGCAUUGGAAUACUCAGGUAACAUCUGGACUACCACAGGAACAGGUUCGUAGGACUCUAUUGUACAAAGGAACAUUCUUUGAAUUGCUGUGUAUGCAAAAGAAAUAAAUACUAAUUGUGAGUGAUCACCAAAAGGCUGAUGGUUGUAAAA